AUGAAGGUCACGACGUACAACAGCCUGAACCUGGAUGAGUUCAUACGCUUCGCCGCCCUGUACGAGGCGCACGAGGAGGCCGCGCUCACGGCCCUGUUUGCGCAGCUGGGCGCCAAGGGGGGUCGACUGCCGACGGCCGGCAUCGAGAAACUGCUGGCUUCAUGCGGCGUCACGCCCAUGAGCCACGUGCUGCAGGCCAUCCUGGACGAGGUGCGCGGCAAGGCCACCAAGGCGGCCGCCAGGGCCGUGCUCGCGGAGCUCGCGGCGGCCGAGCUCGCCCGUGGGGCCGCGGGCGCCGAGAAGUGCAGGCAGCAGCCCUCGAGGCAGCAGGUCGCGCCCAUGCAGGGCGAGGACGACGACGCCGGGAAGGAGGCCCAGGACGGCGUGACGUUCGAGGAGUUCAAGAAGCUCGUGGAGCUGCUGAAGAAUCGCGAGGGCUUCGUGAAGGCCGAGGUGGAGAGGUACAUGCACAUGUUCGACGACUACGACACCACCGGGGACAUGAAGCUGGAACCCCGCGAGAUCAUGGGCGUCCUGUGCCACCUGGGCUAUGCCCUGGACUUCAAGGGCGUGAUGGGCAUCAUAGACGACGUGAAGGGCGCGGCCCCCGAGCCGGGGAGGAGGUGCUCCUACUCUCUGGCGGACGGUGACGGCCCCAAGCUGGAGCGGAGGGAGUUCCUGCUGUUCAUGCGGAAGGCCCGCGAGCGUGAGGUCGCCAUCGUGCGCGAGCUCUUCGCGAAGAACGACGUAGACGACAGCAAGGCCAUAUCCUCCGACGAGCUGAACGGGCUGCUCGGGACCCUCGGUUACGUGCCGCAGGCGAAGACCAUCGAGGAGGCCCGCGAGGACAUCGGACUGGGCAAGGCCGCGGACCGCGAGCUCCUCUUCCACGAGGUCUGGCAGUUCCUCGAGGUCUACCGACUGCACCACGGGCUGUCGCAGUCGGAUUAUUUAGAGGUGGAGGAGACUUACAGGAAGUUCGACGCGGACGGCAACGGAGUGCUCGAUGCGUCGGAGGUGGCCAAGCUCCUCCGUUUUCUGGGCUACGCCGUCUCGUACCACUCAUGCAUGAGACUCAUGGCCGAUGUGAACACGAGCCACAUCGACCUCGACGAGUUCGUGGAACUCGUCAGGAAGUACCGCGAGAAGCGCACCAAAGCGAUCUUCCAGGCGCUCGUCGACAACGAGGAGGCGCUGGACGGCGAGGCCAAGGAGCUCGACGCCGAUGUGGCCAGGGCUGUGGCCGCCAGGGCCACUGUGAUGAGCCUGCCCUCGAUGAGGCACUCGCUGACGGGCGGGGCGCCGCCUCGGACGAUCCAGCAGGCCAUGACCCUGCUCGAGGAGGGGCGCGUGGUUGUGAAGAGCAGCUUCGGCUUCGACUCCAAGCAGGUGGAGGAGCUCCAGGCCGCCUUCUUACACUACGACGCCGACAACAGCGGCGAGAUAUCCCAGGGAGAGCUGCACCCCCUGUUCAACGACCUGUUCCCGGAGAUGACGACCAUGGCGGCGGGCUCCGCGGCCCGCCGGGAGCUGACGCGCCUCUUCACCGAGGUGCACGCCAACAAGAACCACGGGCUCAACUUCUCGGAGUUCUUGCAGCUGCUCCGCAGGUGGCUGGACUACCAGGACGGGGUGCGCUUCGAGAUGGAGCAGCAGGCCAUCGAGCAGACGGGCUUCGAGCAGCGCGAGGUGGCCGAGUUCCGGGAGCUCUUCGUGGGCGAGGAGGGGAGCCGUAACUGCCUGGGCUACGACGAGUUGCUGGACAUGCUGCGGCGCGUGGUGCCACUGGGCGACCGCAACGCCCGGAAGCUGGCGGCCAUCUUCGAGGAGAUGUUCUACCCGCGUGGCUCCGAGCACAAGGCGGACUUCUCGGAAUUCCUGUUGAUCAUGAGGCGGCUGCUGGACAUCAACUUCGCCGGCAUCAGCGACCUGGAGACCUCGGGGCACGAGGGCGGCUCCGGGCGCGCGUCCGUCGCCUUCUGA